CACUUGUUAUUCAACUGUACACACUCUCUAGUUACCUAUUGAGAUCAUCACCAUUAAAACCCCCCAACCUCCCCCAAAAAUUAAAACCCUAAUUUUGUCAAAAAAAAUUUAAUAGAUUCAUGUGAAUUCACUGGCCAACUUCCACCAAUUCAUAAACCUUUAAAAGGGGUUAAAAACUUCCCCAUUAUUUUCUUUCCUUAAAUUAUCUUUCUUCAACCUCUUCAAAACCCCUCAUUUCCAGAUCUAAUCAGUUACAAAAAUGGCAAGUUUUACUCCUUGGAUUGUUGUUUUCUCUCUAAUAUUGCUGUUCUUCAAUUCCAACAAAUUCAAGCUUACCCAUGCAAAUGAAUUGUGUUCUUCAUCAUCUGGGAAUAUGACAAAUGCAAUUGAAGAACAGGGGAUGAAAUUAUACCCAUUGAUUGAUAAAUCAAAAGUGGAGAAGAUGUUGAUGAUGAAUGAAACAAGAAGAAAACUUGGAAGUUUCCAGAUUUGUGCACCUUGCACUUGUUGUGGUGCUAAAGGUUAUUGCUUACCUUCACCUUGUUGCUAUGCUAUCAAUUGCAACAUUCCAAAUAGACCCUUUGGAUUCUGUUCUUUCACCCCUAAAGUUUGUAAUUGCUUUGGAUGCCACAUUUGAAACCCCCCAAGGGGCCCGGCUUAAGCCGGAAUUAGUCGAAGUCUAGUAGGCUCGCUUAUUCCGGAAUUAGUCGAAGUCUAAUAAGCUCGCUUAAAUCGGAAUUAGUCAGAGUCUAGUAGGCUCUGGAUUGCGCCUAAUUUUCCUAAAAAGGGAAACAAAUUCCACUCCUUAAUUUUGGAGGGUCUGAAAAAUAUGGAUGAAUCCUGUUGGGAAAGUGUGAAUGGGAAGAAUAUCUGUUCUUGCUCUGUUUUUUUUUUUUUUUUUUUUACCAAUUUAUGUUUAUUAUGAUCAUUGUUAAUUUUUUUUUUACUGGGACAGCUAUUUCCAGGUAAGGUUUUGCUACUUCUUAUGAUUUUUGUCAGUUUUAUCUGAUCAAUUUCUUGGGAAUCGUGAAAAAAACAAAAAAUUUGACCCCAAAAAAAAGUUUGGUUUGGUUUUUUUUAAUUGGAAGUAGCAAAAGUUUGCAUGGAAAAAGCAGUGACCCGAAGAUUUAGCUCUAGAUUAGAUUUAUGUUGCAUAGUGGAGAUUGUGAUUAAUGUAAUUGAGGAUUAUACAAGCUUAUUAUAUUUGUUUAUCUAUUUAUUUUAAUGUUAAGAAUCUUUGUUAGUGGACUAAAAAGAAGAUUGAUUGUAAUUAUGAAGUCUCAUUUUAGUAGACCUUUCUUUUGUUUUCUCUCCAA